AUGACUAGUCGAGAUAAAAUUGCUGAUACCAUAUUUCAGCAUUUAGAAUCUAAUUGUAUCCUUUAGACUACAGUAUAAUAAAACGUUUACUUUAAAUCACCAAUACAAAAGUAAUAAUUAGUAACACAGUCAUCCCACCAAUUUAAAGCCAAAGAGCGUUCAAAUUUAUUUGAAAUUCCAAAGUUAUAAGGCAGCCAUUUUAAUGUCGUCACUGCCGUCACGUGACCAAAACAUAACCACAUGUAGGUCAUGAAAUAAAAGUUCUCUACACCAAGGCUACAGACCCAGAUAAAAAGUUUUCGAAAAAAUGUUAGUGUUUUUUAAAAGAACAGCCCCUAUUUUAUAUCAAUUUUAACAAUUCAAUUUAUCUUAUUUUCGGAAAAAUUAUUUUUCACUCUAAUUUAUUUCUGUUAUAAUUCUUAUAUGUUGAGGAAUUCUGAUUUUAUUCUUCAGACUUGACUCUGGAAGUGGAACGCUGAGCAGGAUUGAGACCUACGGCUGUGUCUGCUAGAAAUAAAUAGAUCUAUGUAAUUUGGCCUUAGGCAUACUCCAGUACAUAAGUCGAACUUCAAUCGUGAAAACAAUUGCAUUUAAUUUAUAACAGAUGGAAUGAAAAUAACUUUGAUUUUGGCAACAGAAGUUUAAUUAUUUUUAAAAAUAAAUUAGGUACUAUUUGUUACCCUGCGUAGCUACACAUGAAUGUGACCUUUUGACCUACCAGAUGUCAGUGUAUUCAUCCACAACGUAAUCGGGUGUAGUGACAUUCCUCGGAAUUUUGUAUCUGUUUCUUUAAAAAUGAUCACUAAAUAUAUUGUUUUUAAAUUCAUAAUGUGAGGCAUGGCUUAUAAAAGUAGGGAGGAGCUUGUUGGAAAGCGCUUUAUUUCCGUAAAGAGUGAAACAAAGCUUAAAUUAUCUAAAAUUUCAGAGUGGGAAUGGCGGUCUGGUUUUGUACGCGCUGUUUCUACUCGGGAUAGUAGCAACGUUGAAUUUACUGUAUUGGUGGAGUUUGAUGAUACGGGUUGGAAGUCUCGGGAAUAUGUCAAAGUGCACGAAGUAUUUUGUGAAUUUUUAGUUGAACACACACUUUCGUGGGUGGAGAAAAAGGAUCAUAACCACUCGGAUACGUUGUGGCCCGCGUUGUGUUUCAAACCUGUCGUGGACAAAGCGGGGUUAUUUCACCAGAGCAAGCGGCCUGUCGAGUUUCUUAGUGAUCGAUUACUCAGUAUAGUGGAGGAGAAAGAUAUUACAUUUUAUAAAGAAGGGGACGAGAAGACACUUCCGUCAGUCAAGAACAGCCCCGACGUAGUAAAGUGGGUUAAAGCCUGGACAGAUUAUCAAGACGGGCAGAAAAUAUUGCUUACCACUCCCACCGUGUUGUUGGGCUAUCGCGUAGAGGUCUACCGUACCGAAGGCACCACCCAGUGGUAUACUGCCGUUAUCAAGUCUUACAACCACACAAACAAGAGCUUGACCUUGACCGACGACACCGUUUUAGAGGAGCACAAUGAGGACCCGACCCUCAUUCAGAUGCACUUGAUUGGCGAUGGUGUUGUGGAUUCCAUUCUUAACGGUGUCGAUGUUGGCGUAGCCCAGCGGAGACGUCCGCGUUGUACUGUUACCAAACAAAACAGUAAGGAUUCCUCAUCGCUUAUAACGACCAGCCGAGGAGCGGUCAGCACACACACAGGAGCCGUGCCCACGAGUCAAGCCAAGUAUUCCAGUAACAGCAGCAACCCCGUGAUUGCAGCCCCAAACGUUGGCGCUAGAAGUAGUGGCACGAAGUCACGAGUUACAGAGUUGGCAGCAUCAAGUGCCACGGUGACACACAACCUUGAGGCUGGGGUUAAAGGCCAAAAUCAGUCAAAGAAUUCCAAACAAACACCUAAAAGGAAAUCAGAUCCUCCAUUAAAGGCAGCAAAGAAAGCAACAGGGGGUAAGAAGAUAAAGAAAUCCAGCAGUGAUGAGAACCUAGAGAGUGGUUCUUCAGUGUGUAAACAGACUUGUAAUGUACUUGUGAAACGUAUAGAAGAGGACAACAAAAAGCAGACUCCAACCAAGGAAAAAACCAAGUCUCCAAGGUUGAGAGACAAGCACACGCCAAACAAGAAAUGUCCACAUUCUGAGGGGGCUGAUAUAAGCGCAGUACCUGUUGAGCUCUCACCUGCCUUAGUAGUGAGUAAUUCCCAGGGUCAGGAGGUGUUCCCUGAUGCAAGUGGUGAUUUCAAAGGUGAAUGUGUUGUGAAGGAAGUCAGACCUAAAGAUCAACAUAUCACAGAGGCAGCAAAUGUAUCAUCUGUUUCUACUUUGUCUGCUCAAGGAAGUUCUGAUGUAAUACAUAUAGCAUCGAAAGAUGCACAGAAAAACAGUAUUGUUCCAUCAAGUGAUAAAUGUGCAACGAGCUCAUCGUCAGUAGUAAGCUGUUGUGUCAGUAAUGACGUUGUUGGUUGUAACUCAGUCACAUUAGCACCCAGAAAGCUGAAUGACCAAGACCUUCUCUCUGGCAGCAAAACACUUCACAAUGACAAUGUUGGUCUGUCUGAGGUGAAGACCAGAUUAAAGACUGCAAAUGAACAGUCCACAAGGAACUGCCUGGUAGCAGCGGAGACAGCUAAAAGCAUCGCAGGGAUAAAAGCUACUGGCACGGAGAGAACUGAGCCCAAUUCUGAAGAGGACAUGCACUACAAGAAACAAAUGCUAAGAGCUGGAGGCAAUAUCAGCUCACAUAACAGCAGUCAGUUACCUUCCAUUACUGAGGGUAUUGAUGUCAAUCGUUCACUCACUGACCAGCUUUCCAGGAGGAAUAAAGCCAAUGACAAGUAUUCUCUGAAUGGGGAUGGUAAGGUGGGGCUAGAAGCUGUGGCAUCUGCAGAGAUUUUAUCACCGUCUAGUUCCUUAUCUUCGCAUCACCUCUCAGACAGGGAGAGGUCAGAGACAAAUUUGAUAAAACCCCACGAGUUUCUAGGCGACAGACACAGUGCAUUUACAUACGUUCAGUCCAGAAGUAACACAACAACCCCAGCAACAGAAGACAGAUCUGAUUCUAGGGCUAGUGAUGGCCAGCUUACAGCUCACAUGUCUGACGAUAAGAGACCAGGGUCUAGGCUGGACGAUGUCCGCAGUGUGAGGAGCAGCCCAGGUUCCAGUCCGCUGGUCGUAGACAGGCACGAGGCUGUCCACGUGUACAGAGACCCAGAGUUAAUGCGAAAAAAUCCAGUGCAGAGCAACGUUCAGAACAUUAUAGCUGCUCAGCAACAAAAAAUGAGCCAGCCGUUUCCUUCGGUGCAUGCGCCGCUCCCCGGCGCAUCAGCACCAUCACAAUCUGCAGCUGCAGCAGCGUUUGUCCCGCAGCUGUCCUCGCGGAGUUUGCUGGGUGUCCUGCCUUACAACACUGCACACCAGCUGACUUCAUCCCUCUCGCACCAUCUCAGCCUCCCCCAUAACUACCCAAUGGACGCUAUGGUCAGGGCCCAGCAACAGCAGAUAGCUGUGAUGCAGCAGCAACAGCUGAUGAACUACCCACCUGGCCCUUCACUGGCCACACUGGAAGCAGUGCUCAGGGGAAAGUAUCCUUCCACGCCCCUAGCCACACAGUGGAUGCACCCGAAAUCUCAAGACAGUUUAUUAACUGGGGAUAUAGCAGCACUCCACAGAGAGCACAUACACCAUAUGGAAAUGGAAAGAAUUGAGAGAGAACGUAUGGAGCAGGACAGAAGGGAAAAAGAACGAAAAGAACAAAUGGAAAGGGAAAGAAUUGAGAAAGAAAAAAUAGAGCGAGAAAAAGCCGAGAGGGAAAGAGAACGUCUCGAGAAAGAGCGAAUAGACAAAGAGAGAAUAGAACGGGAACGCCAGGAGUGGGAGCACAAACAAAACCAGGACCGUAUACUACGGGAGAGUGUGGAUACCGUCGCUGCUGUGGACCAGCAUUUUGCUGAGUCACUCACGCGGCUCGCCUCUCAACAGGGAAUCAUGUUUCCUUCUAUAACUCGAGGUACAGGCAGGGGCUUUAUGCCAAAAACGGAAGCUCACCAUCCAGUUCAACAUAACAUGCCAUAUCAUGAUAAGCAGUUUGAGCACAGAAAAGAGGAAAAAGUCAAAAGGGAACCUGAAUCAAUUUCUGAUGACAAGCGUUAUCUAAACAAGCCUGAAAAAAACCCAGUGUUUCCUGGUUAUGCUUAUAAUACCAGUGGCUACCCUCAGUCUACCCAGAAACCUGUCUUUAGCCUCUACGGUUAUCCUUCUUCCCAGUCAACCACAAUCACAACAGAGCAGCUCAAACAAAGAGGUCUUAUCCCAGAGCCCAGGCAAAUAGAAGAUGAAGACAAGAAACCCCUCUAUUCAUCUUUGCCACCUCAUGCUGCCAACACACUACACCCAAAUCAAGCUUACAACCCUAAAGACAUUAAGAGAGAGCCUCACAGCUCUGUCAUAGUGAAGAGAGACGUGAAGCCUGUUGUAAAGAUGGAGAACCCAAUACAAGCCCACUCUCAUCACAACUCUCCCUCAUCCUCGUCUCCUCGUCCACAGCACCCCAGACCAGCACACACUCCAGAACAUCGUCCAGAUCGUCCCCAGUCCUCGUCAACUAGUCCUGCCACCGGAGUCCAUCCUCAUCUUCUGCACCAUUCCAGCCCUGUUCCCAGUGGCCCAACUCAUACACAGCCACCACCACACAGCUCCGGUUUUCGCUCUCUUGACCCGCACUCAUCUCCGAGAUCUCAGAGCCCAUACAAGCCAACGACUAGUCAGCCACAGGCAAUGCCCCAGCCUUUGAACUUUUGUAAGUCUCCCAGUGCUAAUAAAAAACCACUGGAGCAGCAGCCACAGCAGAUGCAUCCUGGUUACCCAGCUUCAGUGGCUCAAGCACCUGUCUCAUUGCCUAGUUCCAUAGCUUACAGCUACAGCCUCAUUCAGCAAGGACUGGUACCCAACCCUAUCUACAGCCAGGUUGGGGGUCCACACCCUUCAGGCCCACCUCCCAUACAGCACAAUUCCAGCCCUCUAGCUCCUAAUACAAUACCAGCCCCCAAAACAUCACAGCUGAGCCCUUCAGGGAAUAAGAGGAAAAGUGGUGGGAAAGAUGGUAACACAUCAAGUAGAAAGAAGCCAAAAGGACACCCUGAAAUGGCUGGAGUGAGUCAGCCCAUGUCCAUUCCUGUCACCACCCCACAGAUACUAACCAACCCAUCACCAUACACCACCUCCAGCAGCAGUACAUGUUUCACCAAGCCUGUUCUCACUUCAUCUCUCAGCGGCCAUUCAUCUUACAUUGACAGCUUCAAAUCCUUUGUGGACAAUACUGUCCAAUCUGCAUUCCUUCAAGAAGAAAAGAAAGCACAGGAAAAGGCUGAAAGGGAAAGACAGCAAGCAGCUGCUUUAGUUUCCACUCAGUGUAACAAAGUUGAACCUAGUCUUCAAGAAAGAAAACCAGACUCUCACAUACAAACUUUGCCUAAUAAUACACCUGAAGCAACAGCCUCAGCUACUAGGCAAGACAACACACCUUCCAAUGUUUCUGACUCUUAUAAUAGCCGUAUUAUGGAUACUAUAAACAGGGUGGCGAACAAUCAAGUGGACACAGAUUCUGAUACACUUAGUGCCUCCAGCCCACCCCCACAGAUAAAACCUUCUGAUACCAACAGCCCACUGAAUAAAAGCGGAAACAAUUCUGGCUCCAGCCAUCCACAUCAUAUGAAAAAGGCAUGGCUUCAGCGCCAUGACGAGGACAAAAAAUCCGAGACGCCUGUGCCUGUGCAGGCUGAAGAAGAUUCAUCAAACUCCAAUCACACCAGGGAUAUCAUCAGUUGUGUUGAAAAUUCACCAGAAGGUAGUCUUGAAAAUAGAAGUGCAUCGCCUGCUAAUGUUGUUGUGACUUUGCCUAAUGGCAAUGUUAGUGAUCUCAACCAUCAUAUUGAUGAAUCUACCUCAUCUGCUUCAGAGUCUGAAAUGCAGAAUUCAUCUAAAUCAUUUGGGGCAAAGAAGAGAGUAAAGCCUCGAAAAUCUGGUGGAUCCGUUAAGAAAAGUAAAGGAGAUUCAGACAAAGAAUCAUCUGCCUCAACUCCACCUCCAAACGCUUCCAAUAACAACAAUAAUAAUAAUAAUCAGCGCAAAAAGAAUAGCACAAACAAACGGGGCAAACCAGAUAAGGACAUCAAGAUUAAGGAUGAUGGCCAGUCUGUUAAAAAGGAAGAUUCAACUUUCAAUUCAUCCAAGCAAUCUCGUGAUAAUAGUCCCUUGCCGUCCAAACUCCUGGAGAAGGUUCCUACAGUCCCAACAGCAGUAUCUUCACCUUCCCCACAUUCCGAGCAUUCAAACCCAUCUCCAGCAUUUUCAGAGAGUAACACUGCCAACAUGUCACCAGCAUCUUCAACAUCUUCCUGUAGCAGCAGCACAACAGCCACAACUACAAUAUCUAAACUCAACUCAAAUAAAAACAUCAACAAAAUCAACAAGGAUGCCAAGAAAACCAGGAGGAGUAAAGAGGCUUCAUCAAAAGAUAGUAAGAAAAGUUCUUCUUUCAAUAAACCAUUGGUAAAGAUGACCGUUGCUACCUUGAAGAAAACCAUGUCACCUUUCAUACAAGAUGGCCCUUGCAGUGAAAUCACUCCUAAACUGACCAAGUGUAGAGAAUGUAAAAUGACCCCGGUUCAAAGAAGUAAAAAACAGCCCAAUAUUUUCUGCAGAUUUUAUGCUUUUAGAAGACUGAAGUACAAUCCACGUGGUUUUGUCACAAUUCAUGGAUUUUCUGAACUCUCUGAUGCAGACCCAGAUGAUAUUGAGCCUUGGCUCCCACGCUUUCCAAUUGAAGAGCCUGAGCUUGAUGUUGAAAACUCCAAGUUUAUUAUUUCCAAAGUGGGGGAUAAAUUUUGUGAGUUGGUUGAGCAAGAAAGGGAAGCAAAGUCCUGGGCUGGUGACAAUGUGAAGAUAGUUUGGAAAAGAGCUGUGAUGGGUGUGCGAGAAAUGUGUGACGUUUGUGACACUACACUAUUUAACAUGCACUGGGUUUGUCACAAAUGUGGAUUUGUAGUUUGCCUGGAUUGCUACAAAGUCCGUAUUAAGGAAGGAAAAAAAAUCCUAGCUGAAGAUAAAUGGCUGACUUGUAGUUCCAAUAGACAAGCCCAUAAAGCUAGUGAGAUGAUGCUCACACAAAUCAUACCAAGUGAUGCUCUAUGGGAACUAGGUAGAUUGAUACAUGAUAUUCGCACAAAAUGGUCCAUCCCGUCAAAUUGUCCUUGUGGUGGUAACAACUCUGAGAACAAAUUGGUACCCAAAAAUGGAAUUAAUCAGCAACUUUUGAAUGCAGUCAACACGAGGAAACUCCCAAAUGGCUUUGGUUCUGAAGAGCAUAGCAAUAAGCACAACAAAAGCAAGAAAAACCAAGAUGCGAACCCACUCAAGACUUUGGACAGUUAUAACCCUGAUACAACUUCCUCACCCCUCAGCAUAUUAGCUGAAGUUGCUUCUAUGGAACCAGACACCAACAGAGAUAAAGACCCUAAGCGCAAGCUGGAGAAAACAGUUCCUGGUGAUGAACUUGCUGAAGAUGCUGAGAAAAAAUCUGGGUGCUCUACUCUUCGUGAAUUGCUUACCAAAACUGCUGGCAAGCCCAAAGUAGCAAAUGACAAAAAAGUGAAGAAGGGAAGUGGACUCAGCACAUUGGACGAUAUCAUUCAGUCAGUUGUAGAGAAAAGCUGUACAGAUGGUGGUGCCCCCUUCAAAUUUCUACAUUACACACCUCGACUUGGUGGCUGGAAGAGGGAAAUACCUAUUAUGGUUCACAACAUAAUGGAGACCAGUGUGUUGUACCCAGAUGUUCCUCAUUCCUGGCUCUGUGAUGGGAAACUACUGCGUUUACACGAUGCUCAUCACAAAGGGAAUUUGCAGAUUUUCCAAGAGCAGUGGAAGAGAGGACAGCCUGUAUUGGUAUCCUGUGCUGAUAAAAAGAUGAACAUGAAUAUUUGGAAGCCAGAAGUUUUUGUCAAAGAAUUCGGAAAUGUAGAGAAUGAGGUUGUCAAUUGCCGUACUGGAAAUACUAUCAUUGGUCAUACAAUGGGAGAUUUCUGGGAAGGUUUUGAAAACCUAAAGAACCGUCCAGUUGAUGAAAAUGAUGAGCCUAUGUUGCUGAAACUAAAGGACUGGCCACCAGGUGAUGACUUCAGUGAACUUCUGCCAUCCCGAUUCCAAGAUCUGAUGCAAGCACUGCCACUGCCAGAAUACACUCAAAGAAAUGGAAAACUCAAUCUUGCUUCAAGACUUCCUGACUUCCUUGUGCGUCCUGACCUGGGACCCAAAAUGUACAAUGCUUAUGGUUCCUCUCAGUUCCCUAAAGAAGGUACUACAAAUCUACACUUGGAUAUAUCUGAUGCAGUCAAUGUUAUGGUUUAUGUUGGAAUUCCAUGGGAUGGACCAGGAGGCCGGAAAGUCCAGGAAGAAGCUGCUGUAAAAGCCAUAGAUGAUGCAGGCUGUGAUAGUAUCACCAAGAGGAGAGUGCGUGAGGUGCAUGAAAUACCCGGUGCUUUGUGGCACAUAUAUGAUGCUCACGAUGCUGAUAAAAUCAGAGAUUUUCUCAACAAGGUGGCUAAAGAGCGGGGUGAAAUCAUUGAGAAAGACCAUGAUGCUAUUCAUGACCAGAGUUGGUACUUGGAUAAAGAGCUCUGUGAUAGGCUUCUUAAAGAGUACGGAGUCCAAGGCUACACUAUUGUCCAGUGUUUAGGAGAUGCAAUCUUCAUUCCUGCUGGAGCACCACAUCAGGUACGGAAUCUUCAUAGCUGUAUUAAGGUGGCUGAAGAUUUUGUCUCACCUGAACACUUGAAUCAUUGUUUCCGACUAACUCAAGAGUUUCGUCAGCUGUCUGAAACACACUCCAACCAUGAGGACAAACUACAGGUAAAAAACAUAAUAUAUCAUGCUGUUAAAGAUGCUAUAGCUGUGCUGCGAGAACAUGACCCAGAUGACUAAUAGAUGAGAGAAAUACCAAGUUAAAUGUGUGUAUGUCUAUACGUUAUAUACAUACUGCACUACUAGAUUGACUGUCUGCUUCAAACUUAAGCUAACUCAUGGAAAUGGGCUGUGCUUCAAUAACUUUGUAAAUGAUGAAAAAACCUGUUGCAGUUACAAAUUCAUCUCCAAAGGAGAUUACUGCUUUAUUGAAGAAGUGUGCACACAAUAUCAGAGAAUUCAAACAAUUUUGUGUUCAUUGAGAUUUCUGUCUGUCCCAAAACAUUUCCUGUCUAUUUCUUUUGAGAGCUGGUGUUUUUGGAUAGCAAUCAUUCUCAAAAUAUGUCUGUGAUUACUGUUUUGCUGAUUUGUAACAUAAGGCUAUUAUUCUUAUUUGAAAUAUAGAUAAAGGGAAAUAACUCCCUUUGAUCACUUCUAUUACUAAAAAAAAUUUUAAGUUUCAAGAUUGCAACUUAAGUAUUGAUAGUUAACAUUAUCCCUGGUUGUGAUUGAAAUGGCAAUUUUGCAUUUGUUUUUUUUUUUUU